GGAAACGUCGAAACGUUGAUGAAUAAAGUUUCCCCGUGAUGAGACGUCCAAAGAGCGAAGAAGAAGGAAACGCAGCAGGUGAAAACCCAAGCAGAACCUGCAGGAUGUCAGCAGAGAGAGUAGUUCUGCUGGUUCUGGUCGGUCUACUGGCUGCUGCUCUCAUCGUCAUCUAUAGACUCUCUUUUGCUGUUUUGAUGACGAACCAAACCGUCCAAACCCUGAAAGAGGAAAAUGAGGCUCUGCAGAGAAAUCAAGCAGGAGUUAAUCUGAGCAGAGCACUGCAGGCAACAUGUCCUCCAACUCCAACAUGUCCUCCAACUCCAACAUGUCCUCCAACUCCAACAUGUCCUCCAACAUGUCCUCCAACUCCAACAUGUCCUCCAACAUGUCCUCCAACUCCAACAUGUCCUCCAACAUGUCCUCCACCUCCUGAAGUGAAACAUGAAACAUGCCUGACGUGUGCAGCAGGUUGGGAGCAACCUGCAGGAAGUUGUUAUUAUUUGAACAGCAGGAAGUCCUCCUGGUCUGACAGCAGACGUUCCUGCAUUGAUCAGGGAGGAGACCUGGUGAAGAUCAACAGCAGAGAGGAGCAGAUGUUCCUGGAAUCUAAACUGAAGCCAAUGGAACCGUUGUGGAUCGGACUGACAGACUCACAGGCAGAAGGCAGAUGGUUCUGGGCGGAUGGGUCACCUCUGGACCCAAGUUUAACUUUCUGGCUUGAUGGAGAACCGAACAACUGGGCCGGACAGAACCUAGCAGGAGAGGACUGCGUGAGGAUGGAGAAGAAAGGAAAGAGCGUAGAUCUGAAGAGUUGGGAUGAUCAUUCCUGUCGAGUUCAACUCAAAAGUAUCUGUGAGAAACCAGCAGAAAUUAGAUUGUUUUUAUCAGGUUCAAAAGUUUAAGAUGUUUUCUUCCUGUCUGGACUGAAUUAAGAUGCAAAAAUUCAGAUUUAAAUUC